GGGGGACGGGGGCAGUUUCCCCUCAGGUGAGGGCGGGGGGGGGGCGUCUUUUCCCGUUAGCUGGAGCGCGUGGGGGGAGGGGUUCCUUCCCCGUUAGCAGGACGGUUGCCGCGGGGGAGGUUCCUUAAGCCGAGGACGGUUGCCGCGCGGGCGGCGCGCGAUGCCGCUCUAGCCUGCAGGCCGGGCUGAGCCCCCGCGGUCCCGCCCCGGUUCCCGGGGCCGCUCCUGCCGCACAUGGAGGCCAUAGAGGAGCUGGCGCUGGCGCCCUGCGCCUCCUCCCGGUACCUGCGGCCCUUCCGGCUCCGCUACCGGCAGAAUGGCACUAAGAAGUUUUGGGACUUUAUGAGGACACAUGACAGUGUCUCAAUCCUGAUAUUUAAUUCCUCUCGGCAAUGCUUUGUUAUGGUGAAGCAGUUCCGCCCAGCUGUUUACAUGUGUGAAAUGGAACGGCACCGGCCUCAAGACUUUCAAAGUAAAGACCAGGAUAGCUGGUGUCCUCUAUUGGAUCCCUUACCAGCUACAGAAGGCGUGACCUAUGAACUCUGCGCUGGCAUAGUAGACAAGCCAGGACUUUCUUUGGAGGAAAUUGCAUGCAAUGAAGUCUUAGAAGAGUGUGGUUAUGACGUUCCCAUUACAAACUUGAAGAAAAUCACUUCGUUCAGGUCCGGAGUUGGUGUGACAGGUUCUAAGCAAACCUUAUUUUAUGCAGAGGUAACAGAUCAGAUGAAAACUGGAGAAGGAGGAGGCCAGCCUGAAGAGGGAGAGCUGAUUGAAGUUGUAGAAGUACCUUUACAGGACUCCAUGAAAUUUGCUUUUGAUGAGCAUUUCCCUAAGACAAUGGGCGUUAUCUUCAGCUUCAUGUGGUUCCAAAGCAAUGUUGCCCUGGGGCCACUGAAAAAAUAAAAAUGAGCACUAUGAUUUUCUAACUUGACAAAUGCCUUCCUCUUUGUUCUGUGGAUCACUGAGAUAUGGGUAAGGAAGCAGGAGGGGGAGAUGUAUACAAAAAAAUUGAUCAUAGAAUCUCUCUAGAUUUUAAAAUUAAAAUGUAGCGUGAAAUCCUGGCCCCCAUGAAAUCCAUCGCAAAACUCCCAUUGACUUAGUGGGGCUGGGAUUUCACCUUUAGUGUCUCAGGGUCAAAUCUUGAUCCCCUGUACAAAGCAUAGUAAAUAUGUUUUGUGCAAAGGAUCUCUGUUUUGGUGGAAAUCCUUUACCACUAUCCCUCAAAGCCACAAGCAACUGUGUAGUUGCUACUGCAGUCUGAGCUAUAGUACUGAUGGCUGCUUUUCCACUGUAGUAUUUGCUGCUGUCCCUACAAACAGGGUUUUGGCCAGUAGACCUAGGUAAUCAGAGACAUACCUGCCCACAUUCCCAACCCUCUGUACAUACUGCCACGGUGAGAACUGCUCCCUCGGGCACAGGCACAAAUUGGAAGAAACGUUAUAUAUUUCUAAAUAUGGUGAUGUUUUAUUUCAUGUGCGUGCACAAAGUGAGACAUUUGCAAAUGACCCUAAUGAUGAUCAUUUUCAAAUCUGAUGAUGGACCAACUGAUGAUGGACAACUGAAAGAGAGUCUGUUUUACGACACUGUAACUGUAAUCAGGUUUCAGAGUGGUAGCCAUUCUUCUCACUGUAAUGCUGUGCAUCAGUGAUAAUGCGAGUAUGAAUUAAAUAUCUAAAAGUGUGUGAGUUGACAUUGGUACAAAUGCUUCCUUGUUUGUUUUAGGGAUAAUCACUGGAUUACUUAGGGUCAAAUUUUACCCUUAUAUGCUCAAUUCCCAUUGAAGUCAGUGGGAGCUGUGUGCAUGUAUCCUCUCUCUUAAUACAGAUAGAUAUGAUUAUAAAAUAUCUGUUCUAUCAUAGAUCUGACAUAGGCCAGUUGUCAUGUAAAUCUGCUAAGUGCAUGAAUGGAAGAGAAUCAAAGCUUGCCCCUUGAUUGUGCAUCAAUUUUUGUUGUUCACUCUGUUAACAUUAAUUACCAUAGCAAUAUUAUGUGUGCUAGUGGACAAGAAGGGAAUGACAUUCUGUGAAGACUUGCAGUAGGAUGUGCAGCCUUCUGCACAUAAGUUAACUCAUUCAAAUGCACUGCAGACUAGUAGUGAGUAAUUGUACCCAGUGACUGAUGUGAAGUUAGGUGGUGGUACUAGUUUCAUUCUAAAUAGAUGUCUAAAUCACAGAAGUUACCACUGAUGUUGGUAUUUACUGGCAGCAUUGCUGGAUGUCAUAGAAGAGAGCUUAAGUAU